GUGCGUCGUGCAAUUCGUUACGUGGUCGGUCCAGCGGAACGUGUGUGUUACGUUUUCCGAUAAGUUCAAGAACGUAGUUGUAACGACGGUCUAAAGGUGGCGAUGCGGUUGGCCCGAAAAGGGUGCGGUGCACGGUGAUCGCCAUACUGGGCGAACGUGACCGAAGACAGAGCGAAAAUGAAUACCAGAGUGUGUGUCAUAUCGAACCUAUUUCGUUCAUAACAGAGGUUUUUAUUUUGACAGUGUGGUCAACGAGUGACUCGCGCGAUGUCUGGUACACCGGCCAAGUCCUGAGGGAAACCAAAAAGCGUGGAUCCGUGCGCGUGACCGCGUAAGAUCAGAAAUAUCGCAGCUCGGGUUUCCUGCAACUCGGGUUGUCGCUGCAUGUGUCACUGUGAGUGCUGCUGCUGUUGGUUGCCAGAUCAUACUCGUUCCCGACGUUGAUUGUUAGUUACUGUUCAUCGUUUACGCGUUUGCGUGAGGGUAUUCGUCGACAAAAUAAUGCAACAUUAAGGAAAAACACUAUCGAAAAAUUACCACCAAUGAGUUUGGCCGCGUUGCGCUCUGUUCGGUGCUGCUCCUUCAACUAAUCGCGUGUGUGAUGCCCGGGAGUCGCUCCAGCACGGACCCAGAGCACAAGUCACCGCGGGAAAGUGGUGAAGAUUCUGAGGAUGAGAGUGAAAUCCUGGAAGAGAGCCCCUGCGGGCGGUGGCUCAAACGCCGGGAAGAGGUAUAUGUAGGUUCCAAGUCCACGUUAGCCGAAGGCUCUACUUUCGGAGCAGCCAGAGGCAGUGAAAACGAAGUCACUGAAAUGGAGGUGGAGCAACGCGAUGUACCAGGAAUCGACUGUGCCUACUUGGCAAUGGAUACAGAGGAAGGUGUUGAGGUUGUUUGGAAUGAGGUGCAAUUUUCAGAAAGGAAAAACUUCAAAGCACAAGAAGAAAAAAUACAACUUGUAUUUGAGAACCUUACACAAUUAGAACAUCCUAAUAUUGUUAAAUUUCAUAGGUAUUGGACGGAUACUCACAAUGAUAAACCUCGAGUUAUAUUUAUAACCGAGUAUAUGUCCUCUGGGUCAUUAAAACAGUUCCUAAAACGAACAAAGCGUAAUGUGAAAAAAUUGCCCCUGCAAGCAUGGAAACGUUGGUGUACCCAAAUUUUAUCAGCUCUGAGUUAUUUGCAUUCCUGUUCACCUCCCAUUAUUCAUGGAAAUCUUACUUGUGACACUAUAUUUAUACAACAUAACGGGCUUGUGAAAAUUGGCUCAGUGGCUCCUGACGCAAUCCAUCAUCAUGUUAAAACUUGUAGAGCAAACAUGAAGAACAUGCAUUUUGUAGCACCCGAAUAUGGAAAUUCUGUGAACCCAGCUAUCGAUAUUUAUUCAUUUGGAAUGUGCGCUUUGGAAAUGGCGGCGCUAGAAAUUCAAGGAAACGGCGAUAGCGGCACAAUCGUGACUGAGGAGAACGUUAGAAAAACGAUAGAAUCUUUAGACGAUGCCCAACAGAAAGACUUCAUUCGGAAAUGUCUUCAAGUAGAUCCUCUUAGUAGACCGAGCGCGAGGGAGCUCCUUUUUCAUCCUGUUUUAUUCGAAGUACACUCGCUGAAGCUACUUGCAGCUCAUGCAUUGGUUAAUUCAGCCACUAACAUUUCAGAAACAAUAACGGACGAGGUGUUGCAAAGGCUAUACGGGCCUGACACGAUAGUGGCCGAAAUAAAAUAUCAAGGUCGACCGCUUCAACAAAUUCGAUUAAACGAGAUUCCUGUUAUGGAAAAGUUAGAAAAGUUUGUCGAGGAUGUAAAAUACGGAAUAUACCCCCUGACAGCAUUUAUGGCGAAACUACCACCGCCCGUUCGACCCAGAGCGAUAUCGCCCGAGGUAACCGAAUCUGUGAAAUCGGUUACGCCCGAGCCAGUGGACGUGGAGUCUCGAAGAGUAGUUAAUAUGAUGUGUAACGUAAAGCCUAGAGAAGAAAGUUGUGAAUUACUUAUGACAAUAUUGUUACGAAUGGACGACAAAAUGAACAGGCAAUUGACGUGUCCUGUGAGCCAAAUAGACACUUCGAUGCUUCUCGCGCAGGAACUUGUACAUUUUGGGUUCAUUAACGAGAACGAUCGUGAUAAGAUAGGAAAUUUAAUCGAAGAGGCAUUAAGGAGUUGCUUUAACAAGCAAUUGAUGACACCAGGAAUGGUAUCAUUAACUAAUCUUCCCACCCAAACUACUUUACUGCUGCCUGGUCCAGAAUUUCCAUGCUUGCAACACUUUGAUAAUUCUAUGUAUAACGCGACAACAUCCAAUAGUGAUAGUGUAACUAACCCGCUGCCAAAAACCUCAGGUCUCCCCGUGUCGAGUAACACGAGCAAAAGUCACGACGAAGCUGAACCACCGACGAAUACUACUGAAAGCGGUAGUUAACCAUCCAGGAUAUCUGGUAACUCAGUUCACUGUGCCACUUUGCACGCUCUAUGUAUAGACUGGCUAUGUAUUUUUAUAUUUAAGUAAACAGGAAGAAAGAAUGGAAUUAAAUGAUUUAAAAAAAAAAAAAAAAGAAAAGAAAAAAAAAUGGAAUAAGAAGGGCGCCGUGGCUAAACCACUAGGCUAAACAUUGACGCAGUAUAAUCGAAUAUUGAUUAUUUUUUUUUAUCGAGAUCAUAAUAUUUUGUUUACGAACUGUUUGAUGUGUCGACAUCAAAUUCCAUGUAUUCGAUGAUCAUCUCUUAAUUAUUAUUAUUAAAUCGUAAGGUAGUUUCAGAAGCUAGGGUUUUAUAUUAGGUAAUUUUUAACUCGAAAAUAAAGGACGUGCUCUACGAUUUCAGUUGAACAAUCUGUACAACCUAAUGAGAACGUUGAUUACGAAUGCAAAAAUCAUGAAAACUGCGUCUAGUUAUUAUGAAUCAGUCUAUACCUGUUUCAGGUCUGAUCAUUGUCAUCUGUUAUUAGGCUGAGAUAAAAAGGGCAUUUUACUAGUAAAAACGUUUUUAAAUUUCCACAAAAAACUUUGGAUAAAUUGUUUGAAGUAAUAAUUAAAAUAAAAUAAUUACCUUCUGUCGCAAAGUGACGAAAUGUAUCAUAGAAAUUUAUUUUGUAUAUACAAAUUGACAGAUUAAAAUGGAAAAUCAAGAAGGGGAAGGAACGAUUUAAUUAUUAGGCACAGAAUCUAGUUUAAUCGUACGGCAAUGCGAAAAAAAAAUAAAUAAUGAAUACGAGAAAGACAGAUUACAAACCCCGCACUUAUUUUUGCUUGAAUACUCAAUACGUUGUAAUUCAUACUGAAUCGUUUAUUCGGAUUACCGUAUGGUUUUUGUUCAGAAAAAUGAAAUAAAAGAAGAGACCGGGUUUUCUUUCUUUCUUUCGUUUUAGAAAUAGUGAUCUGUUGCAGCCACGGCCCUCCUAUACUUCGGUAUUAUUGAUGUGAUUAAACCAAGAUUAUUAAAUCUCGAUAAAAUUAGCUGAAAUCUUUGUAAAUAAUUUAUAUUUUUAAGAAAAUCUGUUGACACAGAAAACUAGUCAUAUAGGUAUAUUCGAGUGCUAACAAACUAACACCGACCUUAUUAUGUCUUUUGCAUUUAUAACACGUGCUUGGCCAAGAAAUACUGCUCCAAUUUCAUACCUCGGUAAAAUAAAUUUCAGUGACGCAUUUCACUAAGCAAACGACUAACCAUACUAGCGGUAAAAAAACUAUUACCAACAACAUAAACUUCGAUCUUAAGUAUGUAAGUAGAUUAUCAAACUAAAUUAAAUGUAUAGCUUUAUAAUUCAAAUUAUGAAUCGAGAAAAAAGUGCGACGACUGAAUCGUGGAUAUUAUGAAAGAGCUGUACGAUGACAGUGAUAAAUAAAUACUAUAACUCGGAAUUCCACUGCCUGAAAUUUGUU